CGCCAUUAUCUAGUGGGGUUAUAAGUAAAGAGCGGACAAAUCGGGCGUUAGAGCAGAAGUAGGGGGGAGGAAGUGCACAGAUAUUUCCGGGCAGUAUGUGCCGAGUGCGGAGGGCCACACACAAACCAAAAGCUGGUGCCAGCGGUCACCAUCCUCUGCCCGACUGUCGCAGGUCGGGCUCGUUCCGCGCGUCGCGCUCCGUGGGCGGGUCGCGCGGCAACGUGGCGCCGGCGCCGCCCGCGCCGCUCAACCAGAGUCUCUCCGCGCACCCGCUGCUGCCGCUGCCGCCCGGCUCCGACGCGAUUUCCCUGGAGUGGGACAAGCAACCUCACUACCUGGAGGCUUCUCUGAUGAUGAAGGGCUACAGUGCGGAGGAAGCGCGCGCGGCGGCGCAGCGGGCGCGGCGGCCCGCGGCCGCGACUCGCCCGCCGCUCGCAGCUACCGCAUAUGUCACCACGAGGGACAAGCUUUCAAAACUGUACUGCAAUCAAAUCGCUCCCGAGCUAGUGACCCAUGCCGAGGUCAAUCAUCAUCCUACGGAGGAUUCGCCUCUGCCUCAUCGGACGACGACACCAUUGGUUUCUCCGGAGAGUACAUGGAGCCAGGCGAGUUUGGGGCGUGCGAGUGGGCGAGGCCGCGCGCCCACUCCGCCGCCGCGUGCGCGCCCAGACGAGACAUCGCCCGAGGAGGAUAACACAGUGUCAUCAGCCAGUCUCUGCAUGUCUCCAACAUCGGUCACUGACCAUAGUAUAGCGGGUGUUCCAAUAUUCGCGUCGACGCCCCUCGUGUCCAAACAACUAACGAACGGACACGAUGUAGUUGACAACAAGAGAAUUAGUGAAAAUAAUAAUGACACUGUCAAUGGGAAUGCUAAUGUAACAUUAGUUUCUGAGUCGGUGAACAGUAUGGACGUACUCAGUGGUGGGGAGAGCGACGCCGGGGAUACACUUUCGAGGCGGAAUAAUAAUAGUAUAUCGUCCGGUAUGUUGGGAACUCUGCGCGAAGUCGGGGACGCUCCCAAGAAACGUAACAACGAUAUCACAUACUUCGUGGCGAAGGAGUUACUGAUGACCGAGAGAACUUACAAGAGGGAUCUCGAACUUGUUACUGUUAAAUGGAGUAGCAGUGUAUCGGAGUUAGCGGCAGGCGGCGCGGAAGCUGGGUCAGCGUUAGCGCGCGCCUGCCUCGCGCUGGAGCCGCUCGCGCUUAGCAACGGAAAACUACUCGCGAGGCUCGACAGGCUACUGGCUAAUGCACCACGACCUGAUGCUAAUGACACGGAAGAACCUGAGUAUAAAAAAAUCGACGAUGUCUUAUACGAACAUUUAUUAAGUACAAUGGAUGCGUACCUAUGGUACAGUUCUCGCGCUGGCUCGUUAGUUGGUGUUGUGGAGAGCGUGCGACGGAGAGGGAAUGACGCGGGUCGCGCCGCCGCCUUGUUUGACUCGAAGGCGCCGAUACCACUGGCUGCGUUGCUACUAAGGCCGCUGCAUAGAGCGCUGCAUUAUCACCGACUUGCUGAAGAGCUAUACGCGAGCAACCCGAGCGCGAGUGCGUGCGGCGCUCGCGAGCUGAGCGCCCGGCUCGACAGCGCGGCGCGCGCGCAACUGCAGCACGGGGAGAACCACGCCGCGCUCUGUCAGCUGCAGCGGGACCUCGCUGGUUACGACAAGUUAUUGGUGGCGGAGCGCGAGUUUAUAAGAAUGGGCUGCGUGUACAAACAUUCGUCCAGAGGACUACAACAAAGGAUGCUGUUUUUGUUCAGUGACGUGCUAGUGGUGACGUCAAAGACGGGCAGUACGCAGUUCCGUGCGCACUCCGCGCUGGCCCUGCACGCACUCGAACUCAAGUCCUCAGAGUUACCGCACUCGUUUUCGCUUACCGGCGAGGAUAUAAACCUACUUCUAAGUGCGACGAACGACAACGAAUACACGGGAUGGUACAGCGCUCUGUCAAGUGCGAUAGAAAACGCACGCGACAAGUUUACUGAUGUCGAUACUGAACUCACGCCUUAUGAACAAGAGACUGAAUGUCCCAGCGCAGCGAGCAGUGCGGGGGGCGGACUGGCGCAUGUAUGCUGGCACCGGUUCACCUCUCUCGAUACCCUACAUCUACAUCUCGCUAUGCGGACGCAGUUAUCUGGCUACCUACUGCGCAAGUUCAAGAAGUCCCCGGGCUGGCAGAAGCUGUGGGUGGUGUUCGCGAUAUCCACUCUAUUCUUCUACAAGUCCUGGCAGGACGAAACGCCCCUCGCGUCGCUACCUUUGUUAGGUUACAGCGUAGGUGCUCCGACAUCGGAAGACAAUAUCGACAAAGACUUUGUGUUCAAACUUCAAUUCAAGAACCACGUGUACUUCUUCAGAGCCGACAGCCAGUACACGUUUAAUAGAUGGACUGAAGUUCUACAAACUGCGACGAUGCGACCCGAACAUAAUUAAUGAUAAAUAAUAAAUUAGAUAAAUUAAUAAUUCUAAAGUGUUAUCGAUAUAUUGGUGCCAUAUAUAUGGCCACAAUUAUUUUUGUACGAACUUUAUGAAGUGAAUCUUGCCUGUAUUUAUUGUGUGAGUCGCUUUAGUAUAAGACCAAGACUGACGGAUCAAAGACGUUUAUGCAUUGUAGUCGUAAUGUUAGGUGGCUAAUGUUAUAUUCAGUUGUAUUGUUAAAGAUUUACAGGACGUUACAUAGUAAGGUCUAAAUUAUUAAGCGAUUAGUUAAUUUACAGCUCCGUAGAUAUUCCAAAACAUGUUGAAAAUGUCGUACUCAUAUUUAGUGAUUAGUCCAAGUUUCGAAGGUGCGCAAAACUAGCGCAACUUGUUUGCGCCUUUUGCGCAAGUUCUUUGUGCCUUUUGCGCAAGUUCUUUCACGAUCGUGCCUUUAAUUCACAAAUGUAAAUAUACCCAUCGAGGAAACUAUUUUUAACGCGAUAUUUAUUGUGAUGAUAU